CGGGCGGCGGGAGCGCAGGAGGUGGCCGCAGCCGGGGCCGCCGCGCCGCUGCCCAACAUGGUCGCUGCGCACGUCGCCCAUGCUUCCUCCUCCGCCGAGUGGAUCGCCUGCCUGGAUAAGAGACCUUUGGAACGAUCCAGCGAAGAUGUGGACAUAAUUUUCACUCGACUGAAGGAAGUCAAAGCUUUUGAGAAAUUCCACCCAAACCUCCUUCAUCAGAUUUGUUUAUGUGGUUACUAUGAGAACCUCGAAAAAGGAAUAACAUUAUUUCGCCAGGGUGAUAUUGGAACUAAUUGGUAUGCUGUCCUGGCAGGAUCUUUGGAUGUUAAAGUAUCUGAGACCAGCAGUCACCAGGAUGCUGUGACCAUCUGCACCCUAGGGAUUGGGACAGCCUUUGGAGAGUCCAUUCUGGACAACACACCCCGCCAUGCAACCAUUGUUACCAGGGAGAGCAGCGAGUUGCUCCGCAUCGAGCAGGAGGACUUCAAGGCACUAUGGGAGAAAUACCGACAGUAUAUGGCAGGACUUCUGGCUCCUCCUUAUGGUGUUAUGGAAACGGGCUCUAACAAUGACAGGAUUCCAGACAAGGAGAAUACACCUCUCAUUGAACCUCACGUUCCUCUCCGUCCUGCUAACACCAUUACCAAGGUCCCUUCAGAGAAGAUCCUCAGGGCGGGAAAAAUUCUACGAAAUGCCAUUCUCUCCCGAGCACCUCACAUGAUAAGAGACAGAAAAUACCACCUGAAGACAUACAGACAAUGCUGUGUGGGGACCGAGCUGGUGGACUGGAUGAUGCAACAGACUUCAUGUGUUCACUCCCGGAGUCAAGCUGUUGGCAUGUGGCAAGUCCUGCUGGAAGAUGGUGUCCUCGACCAUGUGGACCAGGAGCACCAUUUCCAAGACAAAUAUUUAUUUUACCGAUUUCUGGAUGAUGAGCAUGAGGAUGCCCCUUUGCCUACUGAGGAGGAGAAGAAGGAGUGUGAGGAGGAGCUCCAGGACACCAUGCUGCUGUUGUCGCAGAUGGGCCCCGAUGCCCACAUGAGGAUGAUCCUGCGUAAACCACCUGGCCAGAGGACUGUGGAUGACCUAGAGAUUAUCUAUGAUGAACUCCUUCAUAUCAAAGCCUUAUCCCAUCUUUCAACCACAGUAAAACGGGAGUUAGCAGGUGUUCUCAUUUUUGAGUCUCAUGCCAAAGGAGGAACUGUGUUGUUUAACCAGGGGGAAGAAGGUACCUCCUGGUACAUUAUUCUAAAAGGAUCAGUGAAUGUAGUCAUUUAUGGAAAGGGUGUGGUCUGUACCCUACAUGAGGGAGAUGACUUUGGCAAGUUAGCUUUAGUGAAUGAUGCGCCACGAGCUGCCUCCAUUGUCCUCCGAGAAGAUAAUUGCCAUUUCUUAAGAGUCGACAAAGAGGAUUUCAACCGGAUCCUGAGGGACGUUGAGGCGAAUACAGUCAGACUUAAAGAACAUGACCAAGAUGUCUUGGUGCUGGAGAAGGUCCCAGCAGGGAACAGAGCUUCUAAUCAAGGAAACUCACAGCCUCAGCAAAAGUAUACUGUGAUGUCAGGAACACCUGAAAAAAUUUUAGAGCAUUUUCUAGAAACUAUACGCCUUGAGCCAUCUUUAAAUGAAGCGACAGAUUCUGUUUUAAAUGACUUUGUUAUGAUGCACUGUGUUUUUAUGCCAAAUACACAGCUCUGUCCUGCCCUGGUGGCUCAUUACCACGCACAGCCUUCUCAAGGUACAGAACAGGAGAGAAUGGAUUAUGCUCUCAACAACAAGAGACGAGUCAUCCGCCUGGUUCUACAGUGGGCUGCCACGUAUGGAGACCUCCUUCAAGAGGAUGACGUGGCCAUGGCCUUCCUGGAGGAGUUUUACGUGUCUGUAUCAGAUGAUGCCCGAGUGAUGGCUGCCUUCAAGGAGCAGCUGCCAGACCUAGAGAAGAUCGUCAAGCAAAUCUCUGAAGAUGCAAAGGCUCCCCAAAGGAAGCACAAAGUACUUUUGCAGCAGUUCAACACAAGUGACGAGAGGGCCCAGAAGCGCCAGCCGAUCCGUGGCUCUGAUGAGGUUUUGUUUAAGGUCUACUGCAUGGACCAUACCUACACCACUAUUCGGGUGCCCGUGGCCGCCUCAGUAAAGGAAGUCAUCAGUGCAGUGGCUGACAAACUGGGCUCUGGAGAAGGCCUGAUCAUAGUCAAGAUGAGCUCCGGAGGAGAAAAGGUGGUGCUCAAACCUAAUGAUGUUUCAGUAUUUACGACGCUCACCAUUAAUGGACGCCUGUUUGCCUGCCCGAGAGAGCAAUUCGAUUCACUGACUCCCUUGCCAGAACAGGAAGGGCCCACCACUGGGACAGUGGGAACCUUUGAACUAAUGAGCUCCAAAGACUUGGCGUACCAGAUGACAAUAUAUGACUGGGAGCUGUUCAACUGUGUGCACGAGCUGGAGCUAAUCUACCACACAUUUGGAAGGCAUAAUUUUAAAAAGACCACAGCAAACUUGGAUUUGUUCCUGAGGAGAUUUAAUGAAAUUCAGUUUUGGGUUGUCACCGAGAUCUGCCUUUGUUCCCAACUCAGCAAGCGUGUUCAGCUCUUGAAAAAAUUUAUUAAGAUAGCAGCCCACUGCAAAGAGUACAAAAAUCUAAAUUCCUUUUUUGCCAUCGUCAUGGGACUGAGUAAUGUUGCUGUGAGCCGCCUGGUACUAACGUGGGAGAAACUGCCAAGCAAGUUCAAGAAGUUCUAUGCAGAGUUUGAAAGUUUAAUGGACCCUUCCAGAAAUCACAGGGCCUAUAGGCUGACGGCAGCUAAGCUGGAGCCCCCUCUCAUCCCUUUCAUGCCUUUGCUGAUUAAAGAUAUGACAUUUACUCAUGAGGGGAACAAGACAUUCAUUGACAAUCUUGUAAACUUUGAAAAAAUGCGCAUGAUUGCAAAUACUGCCAGAACAGUGAGGUACUACAGGAGCCAGCCCUUCAACCCUGAUGCAGCUCAAGCUAAUAAGAACCAUCAGGAUGUCCGGAGUUAUGUACGGCAACUAAAUGUGAUUGACAACCAGAGAACUUUAUCACAGAUGUCACACAGAUUAGAACCGCGCAGGCCAUAGACCUCUAAAGUGCCCAGAGUAAGGAUUUGUCUCCAGUCCACAAUCUUUCAAAAAUGCCGUAUAUGCUACUACUGACUGUUUUGCCACUAGAGAAUUCUACAGAACAAGCAAAGACACAUCCAGAGACCCCUUGGGGGCUGCAUCCAACUUACCAACCAUACAACAAGAAAAGUGAUUUGUCUUGCAAUACACUGGCCCGCUGUAGCUUAGGAAUCCCAUUUGUAAUCACCCUAUUUCAUUUCCAGCUGUGCCAUCAUCAGAUUCACAUGAAGAGCUUAGUAGAAAUACUAUUGGCAAGAGAAGCUUCAAGCCCCUGACAUUCCUUCCCAGACUGCUCACAGUCUGAGAUGUGCUGCAGAUGGGAUUGACUUGGAUACACCUGCGGUGAUAUAAUUGAAUGGUGUUUGACACAGCACCUUGAUUUGGAGCAUGGGGUAUGGGGAAGGUGUUGAGAAAUCCACAUAAGUCCCAACUGUAGGUUGUAUUCUUCCAUCCUCAUAGUCUGACCUCUGAAGAAAUAGAAUCUGAACACGUUGCUAUAAAACAUUUACAUAGUUUAGAGAGGACUGGUCUGUAAUAUCUGAAUGAUAUAUAGAAUAACAUGUUUACAAUGUAACUUUUUAAAAUUUACAAACCAGGAUUGCAUACAUAAGAAUUCCACUAAGAAACACCAAGGUUCUUAAAAUUGCCAGCGUUAA